AUGGAAAUGAAUAGAAGUACAACAAAGUUGCUGUGGCUGCUGAUGUUCUUCUCUGAGAUUGUGCCAUUCACCUAUGAGAAAUCAAUGAGAGAGCGAGCUAUCAAGUUGAUGCAAGAUGCACGUUUAAUUGAUGGCCACAAUGACUUUGUACUGCAGCUGAGAAUAUUUUACCAAAAUAGACUCAGUAGAGUCAACUUAAGAGAACUCAACAAGACCCACACAAAUCUUGCAAAACUUCAGACUGGUUAUGUGGGAGCUCAGUUUUGGUCAGUGUAUGUUCUUUGCAGCGCUCAGAACAAGGAUGCUGUGCGUCUGACCUUAGAGCAAAUUGAUGUUACCAAGAGGAUGUGUAACAGCUAUGAAGAGCUUGAAUUUGUGACAACUUCCCAAGGUAUCUCUGACAGUAGACGGAUCGCGUGUUUGAUUGGAAUAGAAGGUGGUCACUCUAUUGACAGCAGUUUGGCCACACUGAGGAUGUAUUAUGACCUGGGUGUUCGUUACAUGACUUUAACACAUUCCUGCAAUACACCGUGGUCUGAAUCGUCAUCUAAAGGAGUACACAACUUUUAUCCUAGUGUUACUGGUCUGACUGCAUUUGGCCAAGAAGUGGUAAAGGAGAUGAAUCGCCUGGGUAUGCUGGUAGAUUUAUCUCAUACUUCAUAUUCCACAGCAAAAGCUGCACUGAAUAUCUCAAAAGCACCAGUAAUUUUCAGCCAUUCCUCAGCGUUUUCUAUUUGUAAUCACUCAAGAAAUGUUCCUGAUGAUAUCCUCCAGCAACUGAAAAAGAACAAGGGAAUUAUCAUGGUGACUUUCAAUGCAGAUGUACUGGCCUGUGGCAGAAAAGUUGUUAAUGUUUCUACCCUUGCAGAUCAUUUUGACCACAUAAAGCAAAUUGCAGGUUCAGAAUCAAUAGGAAUUGGUGGUGACUACGAUGGAGUGGAACGGCAGUGGUUCAUGCAUACAGAAACAGUAGUAGAAGAUUCUUUCCUCCAGAAGCCAAAGAUGAAUGACAGAAAAGCUGCCUCAGCCUUUAGAUU